AAGUGUACGAUGUACAGUAUUACAGUAACUAUCGGCUCCCACCGAGCAACAGCUGUCUGCUCUCGGUCAUUUUAAUACCUGCUUCUUCUGACUCUGCUACAGUGAGGCUCUUGGUUCUGCACAUCUCUGUGCUUGGUACUGGGCUGGGAUGAUACGAGGAGGCAAAAGUAAGAGUUUCACAGAAGAUGCAGAAUGACAGCAUUCCAACAUGAGGCUAUGACAAGGAUAAUGAUGAUAUCCCCUUGAAGGCUAUUGAACUUAAAUGUAAUUUUUUUACGAUUUCCAAAAUGGCAUCCAGAGGGAUCUGUGACUUAUUGAUACUUCAUGGACCUGAUGCAAGCGAGUGGUGCCAAUAUCUUGUCAGCCUCUUUGGAACAAAUCAUCAUGUCCAACAUCUUGAUGUUGAAUCUUACAAACUCUGUGAGGAUAUCCCUAUACCAAAGAAAAGCAUGAAGACAUUUCGGACCUGUAGAUGUAUUCUCUUUCUUCUUUCUGGAGAUAUAGAGAACACUUUAGACAAUUCAGAGGUUUUGGAAAGCCUAAGGAAAGUUUUAAGGCCACCAAAUAAAGUGAUUGUCUUAUUUUGUGGGGUAAUAGACAAAGACGAUUUUGCUAUUUUUUUUCAAGACUCUUCAAAAUGGAAGACUAUGUCCUGUGAAGAUGACCCUGAAUUGUACAUUACCACUGUUAUGGACACCAUCUCAGAAGAUUCUGGAUGUGGCUCUGUCAGUGAUACAGACCCUGAAAGUGGUAAAAAUCAGUCGGCUGUGCCUAUGACUACUGGAAACCUAUUGACUGUACAGCCAGAACGGAUACGCUGUGGGGUGAAUACACAAUUAUACCUAAUUUUUAAGUGCAAACUGGACUGUCGGAUUAAAAAUGAGGUUCUUUUUGCCCCUAAGAAUGGUUUAUCUGCACGGGUACCUGCAACUUUGCAAAAUGAAUACAUGUUAUCAGUGGAUGCUCCAGAUCUCCCAUCUGGAUUGGUAUUUUUGAAAGUUUUUUCUGGAGAUCUAUUACUAUGUGAAGCCAAAAUAUCGUACUUCACCGACAUGGAAGAAAUUUGUAAUUUACUGGACAGUGCAACUAAUCCCAUUGAAUUUAUGUGUCAGGCAUUUAAAAUUAUGCCAUAUGACAGAGAUGUUCUUGACAAGACAUUGACAGAAUCACUAAAGAACAACAUUCCUGCAAGUGGCCUUCACCUCUUUGGAAUUAACCAAAUAGAAGAAGAGAACAUUAGUGCAAACCAGCGAGAUGAAGAAUUGCCAACACUUCUGCACUUCUCUGCAAAAUAUGGGUUGAAAAAAUUGACAGCUCUCCUUCUCACUUGCCCCGGAGCUUUACAGGCAUACAGCGUGGCUAAUAAAGACGGCCACUUCCCAAACAACAUUGCAGAAAAAUAUGGCUACGUGGACCUGCGGCAAUUUAUAGAUGAAUAUGUGGAAACAGCUGACAUGCUGAGAAGCCAUAUCAAAGAGGAACUAAUGUAUGGGGAGGAAGAUGAAAGUAUAUAUGAGCCGAUGGCGAACCUGUCCACUGAUAUCCUAAUGAAAUACAUGCUGCAGCCUGAUAUGGAGCUAUAUUUACCUAUGAAAGGUGCAGAGAGUCCACAUGACACUGAAACGUAUACUGAAAUGCUACAAAUUAGUAAAGAUAAUAUUAUGUCAACGGAAACCCAGUCUCCUCAAGAGACAGACUCAGCACUACGUAGAAUCCUAGAAGGAAGCAGCUUGGCCAAUUAUGGUGACGAAGAUGAUGAUCAUAGUGAAGGGAAAGGUGUAUAUGAUACAUGUCUGGGGGAAUCAGUUUACGACAUAGUUUGUGGAGGAACUCAACACUCAUCAGCAGCAACAACUCGCCCUCCUGUACCUUUUCCAAGACCUGAGCAACUACCAGAUACAGAGCCGUACAUCACACAGUUUGUUACAAAGUCAACGAGGAAAGAGAAUAUGUAUGUGGAAUCUUCCAUCCCUUCAAAAGGAGCAGGUGGCAGUCUGAGAAGAGACCGACAGCAGUCAAGUGUCUAUGACCCAUUUGUCGGCAUGAAAACCCCAGGCCAACGAGAACUAAUCACAUUACAAGAACGUGUAAAACUUGGAAUGAUCACCGUAGAUGAAGCUGUACUUGAGUUCAAAGAAUGGCAAUUGAAUCAAAAGAAAAGAUCAGAUUCAUUCAGAUACCAGCAGGAAAACUUAAAAAAAUUACGUGAUAGUAUUAACCGAAGACGUAAUGAAGAUAAAAAUUUAAGAAAAUCUACAGACUUAGAGAUCACAAAGCCCAUUCGACGUGGUCAGAAUUUAGAAAUGAAGCAUGACAUUGGAGUUUAUGAAUCAACUUUUUGCCUACUUCCUCCAAAAAAGGAAAUUAAACGAAGAAACUGGAAGACGGAUAGCACCUCGAGCACAGCAAGUAGUGCAAGUAACCGAUCCAGUACCCGGAGUACACUGAGCAUGAGCAGUGGCAUGGAAGGAGAUAAUGAGGAUAAUGAGGUUUCAGAACAUCCUCCACCAUACAAACCUAGGCAUUCCCUACCAGAAGAAACACCUCCACCAAGACCACCCAGGAUACAAACCAGAAGCACUAGAAGAUCUCAAAGAACCUCUGGCUACAGUAAUGCCCCACCAGUGCCACCUAGAGGCCGAAAUGAGAAGUAAAGAUGACAGAGAGAAGAAUAUAUCUUUUUCUAAUAACGAAUAGCAAAUGAACCACAGGAUUUUUUUACAGUUGUGUCUGAAAGGGCAAAAUAUGUCAACUCGAUGACUGACCAAUAAAAUGGACUCUGUUGGAGCUUUAUGGCCAGCUCACUCCUUUAUUGGUUCCCUUCAAAUAUGGAUUAAAUCAACCAGCCAGAAGAGAGUGAAGGACCAGUAAUCUAGUAUUCAGUAAUGGACAUCCGUACGAUAAAGACUUAAACCCCACAGGACAUUGUGAGGACAAGAUUCUACAAUUAAACCGAUGUUUCAAAGCAAAACUAACUUGACUUUUUGGGUUGAAUUCGCACAGAUAAAACCUCUGGCUGCUUCAUCUAGAUAACAUUUCCAUCCUUUUGUUAAGGACACAUUGCUUCCAUGAUUUUAUUUUGUUACAGAUAGUUUACAGAUCCAGCCAACAUGUUUCAUAUAUCAGAUUGUCUUCAUCUAUGUGUAUAUGUAAACUAAUGUUAACUGAUGUUUUCAGAUAUCAGUAAGGAGUCAUGGGGGAGGAGCCGCUCUCCCAAGGAGUCAUAGUGGCCGAUCCCCAUCCCACAGGCCUCCUAAAGUGGCAUUUGGUGCAUAUGCAGUUGAAGGUGAGCCCGGUACACCUUUCUUUACUGUGCAUGUGCCUGCCACCAUAACAGAUAAAGGCUGGUGGAGGUUUUAGGGGUAACAGGUUCCCUUUAAGCUUUUUGGGCAGCCAAUAUGGUGAGUUUCUAAGUUGCUGCAGUUCCCUGUUAAUAGGGCAUCAUCUUGUUAAAAUCCAUAUAAAAAAUCUGCUCAUCUUAAUAAAACCAUACUGCUAACAUGAA